CGGGGGCGGUGCUCCUGACGGCAGCCGGGACUUCCUGUGACGGCCCAUUUCCUGGUCGGAUGGGGCCGGCGGGGGGCGGCGGCGGGGUUGGUCCGUGUCCCUGACGGGCUCGGUGGCUACCGGUGACGCCGCCAGGCAGCGAUGCGGGCCCCGGGCCCUGCCGGCAGCCGGCCCCCGCCGUGACCCGGUGGGGCUGCGCACGCCGGCCCCGCGGGGUGCAUGGAGGCGCCCGCCGCCCUCUGCGAGGUGUGAGUUCCCGGGGAACAGCGCGGCUCGGCCCCGCCAGGCGAGCGGCCCCGAGCCCCCCUCAGCGGCUGCGGCAGGAGCCAGGAGGGGCUCGGGACCUGACACCGGCAUCACCCCCAUCGCCGGCGGCUGCCGCCUCCUGAGACAUGAAGAAGUUCUUCGACUCGCGCCGGGAGCAGGGCAGCUCCGGGCCCGGGUCGGGCACCAGCGGCGGCGGCGGCGGCAGCAGCGGCCCGGGCAGCGGCUACGUCGGCCGGGUCUUCAGCAUCGGCCGGCACCAGGUCACUGUGGACGAGGUGCUGGCGGAAGGUGGCUUUGCAAUCGUGUUCCUGGUGAGGACAAGCAAUGGGGUGAAGUGUGCCCUGAAGAGGAUGUACGUCAAUAAUGAGUAUGACCUGCAGGUCUGCAAGAGAGAGAUCCAGAUCAUGCGGGAUCUGUCUGGCCACAAGAACAUUGUGGGCUACAUCGACUCCAGCAUCAACUCUGUCAGCAGCGGGGACGUGUGGGAAGUGCUGAUCCUCAUGGACUUCUGCCGGGGGGGGCAGGUUGUGAACCUGAUGAACCAGCGCCUGCAGACCGGCUUCACGGAGAGCGAGGUCCUGCAGAUCUUCUGUGACACCUGCGAGGCCGUGGCCAGGCUGCACCAGUGCAAGACUCCCAUCAUCCACAGGGAUCUGAAGGUUGAAAACAUCCUGCUGCAUGACCGUGGCCACUACGUCUUGUGUGACUUUGGAAGUGCAACUAACAAAUUCCAGAACCCUCAAGCAGAAGGAGUGAAUGCAGUUGAGGAGGAGAUCAAGAAGUACACAACGUUAUCCUAUAGAGCACCAGAGAUGGUGAACCUGUAUAGCGGCAAACUCAUCACUACAAAAGCAGACAUUUGGGCCCUGGGCUGUUUGCUGUACAAGCUGUGUUACUUCACCUUGCCCUUUGGGGAGAGCCAGGUGGCCAUUUGUGAUGGCAACUUCACCAUUCCAGACAACUCCCGGCACUCCCAGGACAUGCACUGCCUCAUCCGGUACAUGCUUGAGCCAGACCCUGAUAAGAGACCUGACAUUUAUCAGGUCUCCUACUUUGCAUUCAAACUGGCCAAGAAGGAGUGCCCGGUGCAGAAUGUCCAGAACUCUCCAAUCCCUGCUAAACUCCCAGACCCAGUUAAAGCAAGUGAAGCUGCUGCAAAGAAGAGUCAGCCAAAGGCCAGGCUCACAGACCCCAUCCCUACAACAGAAACAUCUAUAGCACCCCGCCAGAGACCUAAAGCAGGACAGACCCAGCCCAACCCUGGAAUUCUGCCUAUCCAGCCAGCCCUGACGCCCAGGAAGAGAGCCACAGUCCAGGCAGCCAUUCAGCCACAGGUUGCAGGUCCAGCUGCCCUGGGCAGUGCCCAGCCCUCACUCCCUGCCAGCACCCCCCAGCCAAAAGCAGCCCCCCAGCAGCCUCCAGCCCAGCCCCAGGUCAAGCCAGCAGCAGCACCCCAGGCACAGCCCCAGGUCCCCUCGACACAGCCCCAGGCCACCCCUCAGCAUCAGCAGCAGCUUUUCCUGAAGCAGCAGCUCCUGCAGCAGCAGCAGCAGCAGCAGCAGCAGCAGCAACAGCAGGCUGCCUACUUCCAGCAGCAGCAGCAGCAGAUGAUGCAGGCACAGCAGUUCCCAGUGAUGCAACAAGGAGCACCCGUGCAGCAGCAGCUGAUGCAGAACUACUACCAGCAGCAGCAGCAGCAGCAGCAGCAGCAGCUGAUGGCCCAGCAGGCAACUAUGCAGCAGAAGACCACAGCAGCAGCAGCUCAGCAGAAGCAGCAGCCCCUGGCACCAACGCAGCCCCAGGCCCAGCCGAGCGCGGCACCGCCGGCGCAGCCGCAGGAGCAGGGGGCGCAGGCUCCAGCGAGGCAGCAGCAGGCUCAGGGCACGGCGCAGGGGCAGAAGCUGGGCUCGCUCACGCCUCCGUCCUCGCCUAAGGCGCAGCGCGCGGGGCACCGCCGCAUCCUCAGCGACGUCACCCACAGCGCCGUGUUCGGCGUGCCCGCCAGCAAAUCCACCCAGCUGCUGCAGGCCGCCGCCGCCGAGGCCAGCCUCAACAAGUCCAAAUCUGCAUCCACCACACCCUCGGGCUCACCAAGGACCUCGCAGCAGAAUGUCUACAACCCUCCCGACCUGUCCACGUGGAACCCCUUUGAUGAUGACAACUUCUCCAAGCUCACAGCUGAGGAGCUGCUGAACAAGGACUUUGCAAAGCUGGGGGAUGGGAAAGCUCCAGAAAAGGCAGGCAGUUCCACAGAGAACCUGAUGCCGGGUUUCCAGCCGGCUGUAUCCACAGCCCCGGCAGAUGCGUUUGGUGGCUCCUCCUUCACUGCUGGGCCAGCUGAAAAAACGAAAGACAUUCUGAGUUUGGACUCUAGCCCUCCUCUCCUGACUGUGCCUGAUCCUUUCAUUCCUCUCCCGUUAUCUGACACGCCAGAAAAACUGAUUGAGGGACUCAAAUCUCCCGAGCCUGCGCUCCUGCUCCCCGAGCUCCUGCCUCUGGCUGACCCCUUCGGCAGCACGUCAGAUGCUGUCAAUGGAAAAGCUGACAUAGCUGUGGAGAGCCUCAUCCCGGGGCUGGAGGCGCCGCUGCCCCAGCGCCUCGUGUCCCAGAGCGAGUCGGUGGCCUCCAACAGAACAGACUCUCUCACUGGGGAAGACUCUCUGCUUGACUGUUCUCUGCUCUCUAACCCUGCUGCUGACCUCCUGGAUGAGUUUGCUCCCGUAGCUUUCGCAGCUCAGCCUCACAAAGAAGAUACUAACCUGAUAUCAGGCUUUGAUGCUCCUGAGGGCUCUGAAAAAGUGACAGAAGAUGAGUUUGACCCAAUUCCAGUGUUGAUAUCCAAAAAUUCACAAGGUCUGCAGAGGGAUCUGGGCCAGUUCCCAGCUGUAGCUCUUGAGCUCUGUAAAGGAGAUUCUCGCAGUGAUGGAUUCGCUUUGUACAAGCGUCAGCCCGAGAUGCUGGAUGUGAAAGUGCAGCACAACUCAGAGCCAGAGUACUUGGCCAGAGAUGGUCCUUCAAGCAACAGCUCCUUCUACAGCAGUGAAGGAGAGGGCACAGACCAUGAGGGAGAUAUUCUGGAUUGCAGCGGGUCCAGGCCUUUACUUAUGGAUUCAGAAGAGGAGGAGGAGACAGGCAAGUUGUGCCCAGGGUUCCUGCAGCCUGUGCCCAGGCAUGAGGACUCCAAAGAAGAUCCCCAGUCCCAGGCCAGAGGAGGGAAGAUGCUGUUCCCGGCCUUCCAGUCGCACACUGGGGAGGUUUUUAACGAACCGGAUGUGUUUGCCACGGCUCCUUUCCGAAGCUCCAGGAAGGUGCCCGAUGAGGUGGAUGUCUUUAGCAAAGCUCCUUUUAUCUGUAAGGGCAACAUGGCUCUACGACAUCCAGAGGAAGCAGAUGUGUUCCUGAGAGCGCCUUUCACUAAGAAGAAAAGCAUGGAAGAGUUGACUUCCCAUAAGGAGCCAUUCACUCCGCCUGUUUUCCUGAGUCAAGGAGGCGAUGGCCGAGCUCAGCCGAUGUUCCCGUGCCUGGAUUCGGCAGCACAUGGGUCUGUGGCCUCGGUGAGAGCUCCGUAUCCUUCUGCUGGAUUUGCUCAGCCAGGCAAUCUCCAUCCCUGCUCUGUCAGAGCCAUGGAGGCCCAGGAGAGCGUCCCUGCUAAAGCAGUGCUGCCGGAGCAGGGCGAUGUGGCUGGCGAGAGGAGCCACGGCCACGCGCCGCCCCCGGACGCCGCGCUGGGCACCGUGGCCACCAAGCCUUUCCGUCCGCAGUCCCUGUCCAAGUAUUCCCGGCACUACAGUCCUGAGGAUGGGCUGGGCCUCGAGGCCAAGCCCAUCGCUGCUUACAAAGUGGUGUCUCAGACCAACAGACAGGCCAUAGCGGGCUCUGUCUCUGUUGUCCCGCUGUCUUCCAGGACUACAGAGCUGCCCAGCGCGGAUCCCUUCGCCUCGGCGCCCUUCCCUUCCAAAGCAGCAAAGCAGAAGCCUUAACGUGCCAGGAGCUGGGGGCUGUGCUCCUGCAGGACCACCUCGUGCAGGACCUCAAACCUCUUAGCUGAACUGAAUGACAUAGCAAUAUAUACAUAUAUAUAUAUAUAUAUAUACACAUAUACAUAUAUAUAUAUAAAGUAAUUAUUAUUUUCGGUCAGAACUUUAUUUGCAGUGAUAUAUAGUUGAACCAUUUAAGUUAUGUUCGUCCGAAUGCCUGGCUCUCAGGAUCCUCGUAUCUUUUCCAGUUGCUUCUCACCUUCCUCCUCUUACUGUCUUCCCUCCAUUUAUUUCUUUUUUUAGAUGCUUUUCUCAAACCAGCAGUAUUCCGUAUUUUCUAGUCCUGGGUGGAGAAAUGCACUACAAGAUGAAUUAAAAGGUUUAUUAAUUACAGAGCGAGUCAAGCGGGACUUGCUAAUGCUCUGGAAAGGACAUGAUUUCACAGGUUAAAGCGUUAUUGUGACUUUUGCUCUCAGUGAUAUUCCUGCUGCUCGGCAGCAGUGGCAGCCACAGCUCUAGGUGUACUGGUGGGUGAUGUGCCCAUGGAGCCAGAGCUGUGCCAUGAUGUCUGGUGCCAGUCUGGGCAGUGCUGGUGAGAGCAGAUACAGGGCAGCAGCACAGCUGGACUGGGACAUGUGGCAGUGCUGCUGCCCUGGGACUGGAGGCAGGGAAAAACUCACUGUGAACACAGCGAAGCAAUCAGGCUGUUACUGUUGCUGGAAAAUCAAAUGGUCGUGUAAACUAUCAGGCAGAAUUUUCCCUUUUACACAUGUAUUUCCUGUCGGGUCUAUGCCAAAGUGUAGGACCUAUAAAUCUGCUUAUGGUGAAGGAGAGAUGUGUAUUUAUGGUAUUGUCUCAGUUUGAAAAGACAGGUGUCUGCUAGGGAGGGGGCAGUACCUCCCUUGGAAUGGAGAAUUCAAAUCCCCUCCCUCCAAAUUAUUAUAAUUUAGAAAAUUAAAGGGGCUUUCAGGCAGAGGUAUGAGGACAGGAAUAACAGUUCUUUACUAGUGUGUCUAACAAGGCAAGCAAACAACAACUACAGCAUUAAUAAUAAACAGAACCAGGAACCUCGAGGGGCUUUGGUUUCACAGAGCUUGGGGCAGGUUGAUCUCUUGGGACUCGGAGAGCACCAGGCUGGAGCGGUGGAAAAUCCCAGCUGGUGGAUGGGAUGUGUCAGAAGCUCUGUCGGUGGUGGCUGGAGCGGCGGGGAUGUCCUGGCAGGGCAGGGCAGGGCCACAGAGCAGCAGAAAGCCUCCUCAAAGCAGCGCCGAAGGAACAGCGGCGGGGCAGGGCAGGGGGAGGCGAGCUCAGGGUUCCUGGGCACAGGAGCGGAUGGUGCUCGAUUUCCCAGGACCAGAUGGGGAGGUAACAGCAAACUCCUCCUGCAGCGAGCAGCAGCCUGGCCAUUCUCUCUCUGAUGCCCAGAGCAAGAGAGAGAAGGUGCCCCCAGCCCUGUCCUUUACCUGCCCCCAAACCUUGUGUUAUCUCCUUCCCCCCCUCCACAACUAGAGAAACUCUCAAAGACCCAAAGAAAUGCAGCCAGGUGCUACAACUGCUCCCCUCUGGCCCCUUUGUUCUGCUAAAGUACCUACAAGUACCCAGUAGGUAGUUUCCUAGCAACUUAUGGGAAAAUGCUAUAAGUAAAAUAAGAAACAAAUCUAACCCCCAACAAGUAUUAAAAGUAGACUUCAUGGGCAAAUUUCUGAUGUAAACAGCUCCAAAACUGUCCUGGUGUAUCUCAUGUAGUGUGACUCAGCAGAGGCCACAGCCCCAUUAGACUGGUUUAUACUGGCAGAGAGCUUGACUUGAAGUGAAUUCUGCCUAUUGCUUUCCUGUUGGUUAAGAAUGAAAUCCUAAGCAAAACCCAUUUGCUCUCCUUCUGAAAAGGUAUGUUUUCUAUACUGCUUCCAAAGAGCAGGACUGAGGUGACUGAGGCACAGACUCAGCCUGGCAGAAAAACUGAAACGUUUAUUGCAAAAGGCAAAAACUCUUCUAAAGACACAAUAUUCCUCACAUGAUAACUCUCACUAAUCGACACACAUUGCCACUUCUGUAAGACCAAACCAGCAAAUCAAAGGACUUGAUGACAACUUUAGAGCACAAAUACUUGGCUCUGAUGGCAAACUUCCCCACCAGCCAGGGCCAGAGCUUGGCCAGAGCCUAGGCCUUGACUGGGAGGGUUUCCCUAAAAUAUCUUACAAACAAACUUAUUGGUAAUCAAUGGUAACAUGAACAACCUGCAAACAACCAAAGGCUAUAAAUAACAUCAGAUAAUUAUCUUACAGCUCAAUCCCUUUAUGAAAACUCCAUGUAUUGGCAUUACAAUAUAAACAACAUAUUCAGAAUCACCAAUCAUUCCAACUGUUUCUUCUGUAAAAAUCUUGAAAGUUACAGCCCAAACCCCAUGAACCAGUCACUCAACAAGCUCCAUUUAUCUUGUCCCUUCAGUUUCCCAAGCUGAUGAUGAAGUUGGAGUGACAGACCACCCUUGCAGGUACUCAGUACGGACUGGAAUCUGUAGAAACACAGGAAUAUCCUCGUCCCCAAGUUAUUAACGGAAAGGGGCCUUCCUAUUUUCCCCUUUUAAGAUUCUUAACAAGUACUUGAGCAUUUUCUAGGUGAGUUUGCAAUCCACUGAAAUGGCAUUGGACCGGGGUUAGGUCAUUCUGAAUGCGAUUCAAAAAUUUAAGAUACAUGUAAGGCUUUUUGCAGUCUUUCAUGGGGGCCCAUCCCUGGAC